GACACUGACGAGGCGUUGGAGCUCGCACAGCUCAGGGCCACGAAGCAAGACAAGCCACUGAAUGACUUCGAUGAAAGUGCCGCCGGCAAUGAAAGCGCUGCCGAUGGCAACCUUUCCCAGGAAGACUGUUUGGAGAUCUUCCUGGCGGCCCAGCCGGACUACAACGAGACGCCCAUGUUGGAGUCCAGCAGCAGCUCGGGCCAUCGCAGUGGCCACGUGCGAACCUUGUAUCAUCAGACCAGUAGGUCUGCCGGACCGAAGAUCUUGCAUGGCGGCUUUCGUCGAGGACACGUUGGCUGGUGUGGCGGUGGCAUCUACUUCGCUCUGAGUGCUGGGGCCACCUACCACAAAGCUGUGGGAGUGGACUCAGCUCAUGGCUUUAUCAUCGAAGCCAAAGUCGACCUCGGGCGCACCAAGCACAUGCCCGCCUACUGCACUUCCUCCCGCGGAUGCUGGGGUAUUCCGGUCCAGAGCGCCAUUCGAUGCAUCGACCGGUCCUACCAGGGAGGCCGUUUCCAGUCACAAGGCUAUGACUCGGUUUACUUCAACCCCGGCGACGGUGGAGAGUACAUGAUCUGGGAUCCCCGGAGGGUGAUUUCCAUGCGGCGAGUUCGCUGA